AUGCAGACUGCUUCUACAAACAUUUGUGAAAGACUGUGCAGUAAGUCCAUCCGUGAAAUUUCCUUGCUACUAAAUAUUCCAUGGUCAACUGUUAGUGGUAUUUUAAAAAAGUGGAAACAACUGCGAAGAACAACAGCAACUCAGCCACAAAGUGGUAGGCCACGUAAAAUUACAGAGCGGGGUCGAUGCAUGCAGAAGUUGACAACUCUCUGCAAAAUCAAUAGCUAAAGACUUCCAAACUUCAUGUGACCUUCAGAUUAGUACAACAACAAUGUGUAGAGAGCUUCAUGGAAUGGGUUCCCAUGGUUGAGCAGCUGUAUCACCUUACAUCACCAAGUGCAAUGCAAAACAUUGGAUGCAGUAGUGAAAAGCACACUGCCACUGGCCUCUAG